AUGGUAAAAUUUACAUCGAUAGUCGCCGUUCUGGCGUCUGCUUGUGCAACGCACGCCAAGACCAGCAAUGACGCCUAUAUUCACAGUGAUUCUGCUGAAGUGAGCAGUACCUCUUUCUGGUACGCUAAUCUGGACCACACCGGGUCAUACAGAGGGUACGCUCCGGAUCUUGAUGGCAACUCCUCCACGUACCCAGUUUAUGUGGCCGUGAAAACCGGAGCUACAGCUGUCGAAAUCCAAGCCGCCAUCAAUGAUGAUGGAAAUGGCGGAAGCCGCCAUUCCCAAUGGCUGGCGUCCCAGCCCAGAGUUGUUUAUAUACCACCUGGAACAUAUGAGAUCAACCAGACGAUAUACUUCAACACUGACACCAUUCUCAUGGGUGACGCGACAGAUCCGCCAGUCUUCAAGGCUGUUGCUGGUGGAUUCACCGCAGACCAGACCCUCGUUUCUGGCCAAGACCCUGGUACUGGCGUGAGCGGAGAGUUGUCGUUUGCGGUCGGCUUGAAGAACAUCGUGCUGGAUACUUCAGCUAUCGAUGGAGGGAGUGACUUCACCGCGCUCUGGUGGGGCGUGGCCCAGGGUGCUCAACUUCAAAACGUGAGGAUCACCAUGAACUACUCCGUCAACGGCAAGGGACAUAGCGGUAUCCGUCUAGGACGGGGCUCAACUCUCGGUCUGUCGGACGUGCGCAUCGAGCGUGGCCAGAACGGGAUAUGGCACAACGGCCACCAGCAGGCGUCCUACAAGAGCAUUUACUUCUACGAGAAUACCGUAGGUAUGCUGAUUGAUGGUGGUAACACCAUCAAUCUUCUUGCGCCUACUUUCGAGAGCGUUGGUACUGCCGUCUUGUGCACUGGAGGUUAUCCCUGGAUCGCUAUUGUAGACGCCAGGUCGAUCAACUCCGGUGUGACCUUCAACACCACUUCAUACCCAUCCUUCCUCAUCGAGAACCUUACCAAGGACACCGACUCGGACAUCGCUGUGGUUGUAGGAGGCACCGUUCUUGAGGCCGCCACCCAUGUGGACCAGUUCUCCUACGCAAACACCGUCGGUCGCGACCCGAUCUACGGAGCGGUCAGCUCGUCAAACACCCGCCCUGCGGCACUCGCGCCCGGUGGCUACUAUCCUGUCUUGCCCGCGCCCAACUUUGCAGCAAACCCUGUCUCGGACUUCAUCAAUGUCAAGGAUCCUUCGCAGAACGGUGGGCAAACGGUACUCGGCGACAACACCAUUGACGAGUCCGCCGCCCUGAACGCGGUGCUUCAGUACGCAGCCGCCCAGAACAAAAUUGCCUACUUCCCCUUCGGCAAGUACCGCGUGGACGACACCCUGCUGAUCCCUGUGGGCUCCCGCAUCGUCGGCGAGGCCUGGUCGACCAUCACGGGCUACGGCUCGGCCUUCAAGGACUCCUCCAACCCCAAACCUGUCGUGCAGAUCGGCAACGCGGGCGACGCUGGCAUCGCGCAGAUCCAAGACAUGCGGUUCACGGUCUCCGACGUCCUGCCCGGCGCCAUCGUGGUGCAGUUCAACGCCGCGGGCGCCUCCCCGGGCGACGUCGGCCUCUGGAACUCGCUGAUCACGAUCGGCGGCACGCGGGGCGCCAGCCUGCUGACGGACACGUGCACAGACGCGGCGAACCAGUGCCAGGCGGCCUUCCUGGGGCUGCACCUUGCGGGCACGUCGUCGGCGUACGUGGAGAACGUGUGGAACUGGGUGGCAGACCACACGACGGAGGGCUUCUCGGGGGGCUCCAACAUCGCGGGCAAGGGCGGCGCGCUGGUGCAGGCGACGCGGGGCACGUGGCUGUACGCGCUGGGGUCGGAGCACUGGUGGCUGUACCAGCUGAACCUGUGGGGGGCGUCCAACGUGGCCGUGUCCAUGCUGCAGUCCGAGACCAACUACGACCAGGGCGACAACGCGGAGCAGGCGCCGCCGGCGCCCUGGGCCCCCGACGCGGCCGGCUGGGGUGACCCGGACUUUGCGCACUGCAGCGAGGCGGACACCCGCUGCCGCAUGGGCUUCGCCACCUAUGUGCAGGGCGGCGAGAACAUCUACACGUACGCCUCGGCGUCGUGGGUCUUCUUCAGCGGGCCCGGUUACCAGGGCUGCACGGACGGGUGCCAGGACUACAUGCACUGGAUCGAGGAGACGCCGGGGAACCUGCAGGCCUUCGGCCUGUGCUCCAAGGACACGUACGCCGGGCUGAGGCUGGCGAACGGGACCGAUAUCGUCACGGACCCCAACUUUACGGGAAGUUGGGGCGGUGAUGUCGGACGGUACACGCCUUAA